UCUGGUCAUUUGGUUGAUUUUGUUUGUUUGUUUGUUUGUUUGUUUGUUUGUUUUCUAAAGGGAAAUCUAUUUAUAUCUGUUCAGUGCUUAUCAACGGACAGUCGAUGCCUUGGCGGUGAAAUUAUUUCAUCGUUUAAUUGUUUAGCGUUUUUCUUUCUCCGGGUCGGGUCAGUUUAAUUAAUGAAAAAUUGAUUUGCACAGAGAUGUUAUUGUACAUGAAGACACAAAAACAAAAUGUCUUAUGAUUUCGUUAUUUAAUUUCGUGGGUUGAUUUUUUUUUUUUUUUUAUUUGAUUUUUUUCGAUUUCGCUUUUAUUCAUCUCACUCAUUUCCAUGACAACCAGUAGCCGGUCGGGAAUAUGGAACAUCCUGUGUCCUGAGGUUUGCGGUAUUUUUGCACACGGAGCCAUGAGGCAUCGCAUUAACAUUUUCUCCCAUUUUUCUUUUCUCCGCUGUGUGCUUUUUUGCAGAACUUGCCUCACAGGAUUAAAAUGAAUAAAUAAAUAAAUCUGCUUCAUAUUUAUCGCUUCCUUUUUAAAAACGAAUCCAUUUCCAGUAAAAGUGUCCUGCAUUGCUUCAGCCUACCUUUUUGCCAUGAAAGCAUGCUGUAUAACCCGUACACCGAGCAUCCGCAGUAUUUUAAUGCCGGGAGAUCUCAUUUCCCUCCACGAACUUACAGAACAUCAUUGUCUCAGUCUUUCUUUCAGCUUUUUUUUUUUUUUUCCUCCCCUGAUUUCUCUUUUUCAGGUAUUAUUGUUCAUGUUAAUAAUUGUUAAAUGAAUAGUUUGCACAGUUAUGUAUGUAAAAAUUCACACUUCUGAUGCACUCUGAUUAUUUUUUCAGCACUGGAUGAGGGUUAAAAAGUUAAAAGGUGAUGAUAGCAGUGUGAUUUUUGGCCUUAGACUCAAGACUGUGACGCAUGUGAUGUUUUUGAUUUUUUUUUUUUUUUUUUUUUUUAUUAUUAUUCUGGAAACUUUUUUUUUUUUUUUUUUUUUCUUCUUUUUCUGCAAUUGUAGUCUUGAGAAAAUAUUACGGUUUGAUCAUAAACCAGCUUCCUGUCGAUUUGUCCUGAAGUGGCCUGUUCUUGACGUGGGACGUUAAUGUUUCAUACCGUUUCUGAAUGCGAUGCACUAGAACGACUUGUCUGAUAGGUUUUGUAAUGUGCCGAAAGACUACUAUUGAGGAAUGUUUGAAGGCGUCACUAACUCCAUGUUGUACACAUAAACUCGAUCGAGGGUCAUCCUGCCUUCUAUGGACUCUGCACUUGGAAGAGUGUAAAUACCCCGUCGCUGCUCGGACGCCGCACACUAAAGCCAUCGAGCCGACGCCGCCAUGACCACGUUCGACGACAUCCUGGAAGAAGCCGGUCAAUUCGGCAGGUUCCAGAAGCGCAUUUUCUCCCUGUUGUGUUUGGUCUCCCUGCCCUUCGCUGGAGUUUAUGUGGGCGUCGUGUUUCUGGGCUUCACCCCUGACCACUGGUGCCGUAACCCCGGGGUGAAGCAGAUUCAGAUGCGCUGUGACUGGAGUCUAGAAAAGGCACUCGGGGUCAUGGUGCCUUUUCAGAACACGUCCGCUGGAGCGGUGCGCAGUCAGUGUGAGAGAUUUGACCUGGAGUGGAACAUCACCGAUCUCAGCUGCGAUGACCUGGACGGCGACAUCGCGGAGGAAAAUCGCGCUGCGCUCCCCACGAGCGUCUGCGAGGAUGGCUGGGACUACGAUUACGACGGAAGAACGUCUUUCGUCACUGAGUUUAACGUGGUGUGCAAAGACGCUUGGUUAUUAGACAUGUGCCAGGCAGCGCUCUCUGUUGGCUUUUUAGUAGGCAGCAUUGCCAUCGGAUACUUCGCUGACAGGUUUGGUCGGAAAUCGACUUUCCUGGUGUCCUGUGUUCUGAACACGGUUACAGGAAUUCUAGUGGCGGUAUCUCCUAAUUACAUCUCCAUGCUGGUGUUCAGAGCGCUGUAUGGGUUUGGGUCUAAGGCCGGCUGGAUGGUAGCAUUUGUUCUGAUUACUGAGCUGGUGGGAGUGGAGUACCGAAGGCCAGUAGCUGUGGUGUUUCAGAUGUUCUUCAGCAUCGGUAUCCUCAUCCUGCCCCUCAUGGCCUACUUCAUCACUAACUGGCGCUGGCUGCAGGUGGCCAUCACAGCUCCAUACCUCUGCUUCCUGGUUUACUACUGGUUUAUUCCCGAGUCACCGAGGUGGCUUCUCUCCCAGAACAACUCCAGUAAAGCUGUGGAGAUCACAAACGAGAUGGCCAAAGUGAACAAGAAGACGCUCUCCAAAAACAUCGAGACACUAAAGGACGAUAGCCCAGACACUGCCGUUGCCUCUUUCAUCGACUUGAUCCGGACCCCCAAUAUGAGAAAGCACACCUUCAUCCUCAGCUACAACUGGUUCACUAGUGCUGUGGUGUAUCAGGGUCUGAUCAUGCGUCUGGGGAUCCUGGGUGGAAAUGUCUACAUUGACUUCCUCAUCUCUGGCUUGGUGGAAUUCCCCGCUGCCAUCCUCAUCCUCUUCACCAUUGACCGUAUCGGCCGACGGCUGCCGUUCGCGACAGCCAAUAUCGUCGCUGGAGUCGCCUGCCUUAUAACGGCUUUCAUUCCAGAGAGUUUGUUCUGGUUUAAAACAGCUGUGGCUUGCGUCGGGAGACUGGGAAUCACUAUGGCUUUUGAAAUGGUGGUGUUUGUAAACACCGAGUUGUACCCGACCUUCAUCAGGAAUUUGGGUUUUUCCGUGUGCUCAACUUUAUGUGAUGUCGGAGGGAUCGUAGCACCGUUCCUGCUUUACAGACUCGCAGUCAUCUGGCUGGAGCUGCCGCUUAUCAUUUUUGGAAUCCUGGCCGUGAUAGCUGGCGGUUUAGUGCUGCUGCUUCCUGAGACCAGAGGCGUGCCUCUUCCAGAGACCAUCGAUGACAUUGAACACCCGCACAAAAACAAAGAGGCCACUGUGAAAAGUCAUCAGCAGGAGAAUCUGCUGCAGCCAGAUGUGACGAAUAAUAAAGAGACUACGACAGUCUGAGUGGAACAUUUUGGCUCUGACAGAGGUCACGUGAGGAUUUAAAUCUGUGACACGCGGUCAGGAGUUGGUGUGAUGGACGGGCCACUGUUCAGCAACAGAGACCAGACUGGUUGUCACAGUAUUAUAUCCUGUACACUAGAGAGUGCUGUUUAGAAAGAGGUGAAAUUGUAUGUUUUUAAACUGAGUGGAUCCCAAAGCUAAAUAUAAAGGCGUUUGGACGCAGAUAUAAAGACAACUGGUGACAACUAGUUCAAUCUCUUUUGAACUAAUUUAUUUUAUUUGUUGUUUAAUUGUUUGUAUUAUUAUUGUAACGAACCCUAUUUGACUAUUUGUGUUCAUUGUGAUGACGGAGAAACCUCUCUGAAAGCGAACACACUACAUGUCUAGUUGCUGUAAAUGGAAUUUCUUUGUUGUGAGGGUGCGCAAACUUUUGCACCACUUUUGCUGUGACCUAUCAGAACCGUCCUCUCUCUCUCUCUCUCUCUCUCUCUCUCUCUCUCUCUCUCUCUCUCUCUCUCUCUCUAUAUAUAUAUAUAUAUAUAUAUAUAUAUAUAUAUAUAUAUAUAUAUAUAUAUACAGAUGCACUUGUGUGUGUUUCUGGACAAUUUAUAGGCUGAAGUGCUGCAUUGUGGGCAUCAGCGGGCCUUGUUUACAGCGCCCUCCAUUAAUAUUGGCACCCUUGGUAAAUACGAGCAAAGAAGGCUGUGAAAAAUUGUUUAGCCUUUUGAUCUUUUAUUCAUAAAAUUCGCAAAAAUUCUCUGCUCUCAUGGAUAUCAAACGACCGCAAACACAACACGGGUUUAUCCUUUUCAUUCAUCGCUGCCGUAUCUUUAAGAAAAAGUUGUGUAUAAAUGUUUUCGUGGGCCAAACCAAAGUAAAAACCACCAGAUUUCCUAAACAUUUAGCGGAUUUUCCUUGUUCUCAUGCGUGUAUGUCGAUAAAUGGCAAUCAACUGUAAAUGAUCAAGCAUGCUCACAACACAGCAGAUGUACAUUUAGUCCCGCCCACAAAUCUCCAUAAAAGGCAAAGCUCGCAGAGAGCUGAAGAUGGCAACUCCUAAAUGUACCAUGCGCUAAUUCUUCCAGUAAUGCAGCUCGUCAGCAACCACAGACACACACCAAGUCUUACUUUUUUUUUUAAAUAGGGGGCCAUAACUUAUCAUUACUCAUUUAAAUCAGCAGUAAUCAUUACUAAUUAAUAUUAUUUUGAAUCCGGUUAUUCGAACUUCACAUUAGCGAGUCUCCUUAAACACUUGAUUCUAAACAAACCGAGGAGCGAAAGCGAAGAUACACUGUGUUUUAUUUCCGACUAACAGGAAUUCCAUGAACACCACGUUUCUUGUGUAAACACUCCUGCAAAUGAUUUACGAAAUAAACUCGUUCGCAUCGCA